AUGGGUUAUUGUGUGCUUUCGGAGCCAGAGCAGCUUCUUUUCUUUGGCAACAGUGUUCAACCCGUCAAAGCGGUAAGCAUUCAUUUGCAAUCAAAUUCUACUGUGCAACCGCUGAUUGUUAGCCCUGCUAGCCAAGCUGGUUCAUCCAUCUGCCAGACCUUUAGUACUCCAGAGGUGCAUCUUUUACCUCUGGAGGUGUCUCAAUCGAUGACAAGUGGUAGUAUCAAGGCUGGCCUUGGCUUCUGCCUUUCUGACACUGCUGUUUUACUUUUCAGCCAAGGCGAAACAUGUGUCUCGUCUCUAGAAACAUUACAAAGAUUGUAUGCAUUCCUCGCAACCUACAUCUUCACAACUUCACUAUAUUCUUGUCAUUCGACACGAGCAAAACAUAAGUUCUUUAAUUGUUUGAAAACGCUACCUGGGUUAUAUCAACCAGAAGUGUCUCGAACUCUAAGAUUACUACCAGUUCUAGGAGCAAUCCAACCUCUCCAAGUAUCCCAACAUUCUGCAGCUCAAUCUCCAGGCAUCUAUCAAGCCGAAGUGAUAAUCUGAUGAAACUCGAGCCUAUUAUUGUCGACAAACGUCAGAAUGACUGACAAUGUGUCCAUCGAAGGAAUAGGAAAGGAGGAUAAAUUAGCACAGAAGUUUUAAAUCUUGAUAAAGGAGGAUCUAACCAUCUCGUUAGAUUUCAAAAACAAAAAAAAUGGUAUUGAAAGAUCUUUCAUUUAUGGAACGAUCUCUUAUUUCUCGAGGACAGUGUUCUAAAACUUGGCAGAACGAAGAACAAGAAAAAUGAGUAUAUGGCUGCAAGAAGUUUUUUUUGUUUCCUUCAAACAGAAUCCUUCCAAUUUGCUUAAUAUUCACCCCUCACCCGGGGUUAUGGAGGAUCCUGUGAUCAGAGUCGCAUACACAUCAAAGGAACCACCAACUGAUAUUAGUCAGUCCAGUUGGUAAGAUGGAGACAGGUGCGGAAGAGAAGUGUAUUUUUUUACCGAGACCGGUAAUACAGAACACAGUCGCUGGCGUAGGCAUAGUUUACGCACGACAGUAUAUAGUCCAUACGGGAAGAACAUCGAGCUUGGAAUAUGCGCUCAAAAAAAGACAACAACAACAACGAAAAUCAAAAAUCCAUCAAGAUUCCCCAGAAGAAGCUUGAUUCCCAGGGAGAGAAUUGUCUUCGCCAAUUAGCAUCGGCCACAGCCGAAUUCAGAUAGAUUCUAUGAAGAUCAUAGAUAUAACCAUCGACCGUCGUGUACCAAGCCCAUAUCCAUAUGUGCCGGUCUCGGCCGCUCUCGUUUGUGUGUUUCUCUUCUCCGCUAUACAUGAAUCAUUCCCACGAUCCAUCGCGUCUCUUGGAAAACUCACCACCCACCAUGUCGGCUCCAGAGACCAGAAAUCCCAAACCAAUUCCAACACCGGAAAGCCAUCGGCGGGCAACAAGUAAACAUUCUAUCCUGCACUCACUAUAUACAUCAAUCCCAGGCCCCAACAAAUAUAUCUGGAAACCCCGGUUCGAACCUCCGGUCUGAAAUGGACCGACUACCUGGGAUUUCCACGCGGAGCUAGCUAGUUCUUAGAGCUUAGUUUGGCUCAUCUAUGUGUCUACUAUAUUUUUGCCAUGUAGUGUUAAUGUUCUAUUGUAUGAACGUCUACCAUGCUCAUGCUCGUGCUCGUACACACAUGUGUUUACAAUGGACUUGGACUUACAAUAGAUCUGGAAUUGGAAUUGGAAUAGGAAUCGCAAUAGACUUCAGAACAGUUACAAACCCACGCUCAGAAUCUAGCGAGGAUCUUCUCGAACCACGCCUCGCACUUUUUCUGAUUCAUCUAUUUAUCCACCCUCAAUAUUCAAACCUCCAUCUAUCCCCGAAAACUCAUCGACGACAGAAAAAGCAUUAUUGCAGGAAUUUCUCUCUGUAGGUAUUGAAAGAGAUGUAAUGUGAUAUAGAAGCGGAAGUUUGAAGAAUUAGGAAAUUUGAAGAUGAAGAAUGGGGAUUGUGGUUAUGGUUAAGAUGAAGGGAUAGAUAGUAGAGAGAGCUGAGUAGAGCACAGAAAGGGCGUUUACAUAGGGGAAAUUUAGGAUGGAGGAUGGUUAUUCGACCUAUAUUCUCAUAGAUACAUACUUCUGUGUAUGGUGAAUAAAGUUAUUUUUUCAGUGUGUGGUGGACUUGCUGGUUUUGUGUGAUGUUUGGAUAAUAUACUGCGAUGGUUUUGGUGUUUUGUAAUAUUUGAGUUC